AUGGACGACACGCUCUUCCAGCUGAAGUUCACAGCGAAGCAGCUGGAGAAGCUCGCCAAAAAAGCCGAGAAAGACUCCAAGGCCGAGCAAGCCAAAGUCAAAAAGGCCCUUCAGCAGAAAAACGUGGAGUGCGCUCGUGUCUACGCAGAGAAUGCUAUCCGUAAGAAGAACGAGGGGCUUAACUGGCUCCGCAUGUCUUCCCGGGUGGAUGCGGUGGCCUCCAAGGUCCAGACAGCAGUGACGAUGAAGGGGGUGACGAAAAACAUGGCCCAGGUAACUAAGGCUUUGGACAAGGCUCUGAGCUCCAUGGACCUGCAGAAGGUGUCUGCGGUGAUGGAUAAAUUCGAGCAGCAGGUUCAGAAUUUGGACGUUCAUACGUCGGUCAUGGAGGACUCCAUGAGCUCCGCUACCACGUUGACCACGCCGCAGGAGCAGGUGGACAGCCUCAUCGUCCAGAUCGCAGAGGAGAACGGCCUGGAGAUUAUGGACCAGCUCAACCAGCUCCCCGAGGGGGCUUCAGCAGUGGGGGAGAGCUCGGUCCGCAGCCAGGAAGACCAGCUGUCGCGGAGGUUGGCUGCCUUGCGGAAUUAAGGUCUCCUGUCGCCCCUGCGGACUGCUGUCCCGCACUGGUGGUGUGGCAUGUGGGGUGGAGGGGCCCGGGACUCCUUCCCCACCUCCGCUACGUCCUUGCUCUGACCCAGCGGCCAGGCGGAGUUGGCUGUCCCCUCCUCCAGCAGCACGUCCCCAGCCCUGCCUGCCUGCAUUUAGACUCUUCUUUUAGGGUGUGACGGUGACGACUUUUCCCAGAGCAGGCAGUGGUCCUGGCAGGGGCUUUCUGAGCAGAGACGGCCUCUUUCUGGGCUUGAGGAACACUUUGCUGGUUCUGAUUUUAGGGUUUGUUUCAUUUGAGAAUCGCUGCUGGUUUCUGGCAGCGUCUCACGAUGCAACGUCCCACUCCUGAUUUAACAUGAAAGGAAUCCUUCUGGAGGCGGGUUGCGGUGUCUUUUGGGGUGCUGCUUGCCUGACUCUCCUCUGUGUGUAGCACAGUUCUGUUACCUGUUUUAGACUGGGUCUCCUAGCUGCGGGCUGUGUUUUCCUCAGGGCCCGCAUCAAGGAGCUGUUUACAAGGAGCAGGGAGAUCCCCACAGGCAGCGGUUUGGGAAGGGCUGUUUUCCCGGCUGUGGUGUUUCUGGGAAGGUUAGUGCCUUGCAGGAAGGGGAGGUUACGCUGUGGCAUCUCUUCCCUCACAGUGACCUUCCCUAGCUGUAGCUGGGAGUCCUCCUUGCAGACUUCACCUUGCUGAUCGCUAGCUCCUUGUCCUGCCUGGCCAAACCUCCCUGGAGCACUGUACCACAAAGUGACCUUUGAAACGCUCGUCCUGCCCUGCGCAAGCCCAUGUGUGUGUGUGUAUAAAUCCACGUGUUCCCCAUCUCCAGCUGCUGUGGUCUGGAAAUGGUUAUGCAGGCCCUGACCUCCCAUGUGGAUCAGUCCCUGCCUCUUGUCCAGCAGCUGGGAGCGGAUUGCAGUGGCUUCCACUCCCAGGCUCGCAGCUGUGGUGGCCACAGCCUUGUCCCCAGAUGUCCCCCAGCUGGAUGGGUGUGACAGUAAAUGCUAAACCAUCCUGAGAGCGUGUCUCCCUGCACUGGCUGUGGCUUGUCCCCUGGAUAUCUGCUGCCGGUUUCCUUUCCGCUGUCCCCACCUUGCCAUAUCUGCUCCGUGCUGCUGCUCGCAGAGCGUGUAACCUGGCUGGAUGAGAGGGGGCUGCUUCCUGCGUCCCCUCUCCUCUUGCUGCUCGCGGGGAAACGCGGCUGCUCAGCGUUCGGAGCCUUCCCCUGGGGCUGAAGUCUUCUGUGCCCCUUGUCCUCUGCGACUCCCAGGCACCACCGAGGUGCUGGAUUGAUGGGAAGCUUGCCGGGAAGGAAAUGUUAGUUUCCUUUGGCUCUCACGAGGAGGAACUUUAACCACAGGCUGUAAAUGAGGGCCAUGCAGCUGCCAGGUCUGGCGAUGCUGAGCUGUGCUUCAUGUAGCCAGGAGCGGGCAGCUGGUCCCGCUGCAGCGGGGCAGCUCUGAUUCAUCGCUUUUCAAGGGAAUUCUAAGGCAGGCAUGCACAGCUGCUGCUUUGGGCUGUGCUGAGAGGGUGGAAGGGAAGCGUGGGGGAGAGCGGGAGGCAGCUCCUACCCACUCCCAGCACUGGCUGAUGUUUCCAGGCUGCUGCGCACCACCCAGGGCACCCAGCCUGUCUGUGUGGACGUGGGGCAGGACUUGCUGCGGGCCAGGGGCCAUCUCCACAGCACUUGCAACGCAAACACUUUUCAUUGUUUUCAUUAUUUCUUCUGAGUUCAGUGGCCUUGGCAGCGUGUGUCUAGUGACCGACAGAGCCUUCUUCCCCGAUGCGUGCAGCCGUGGGGGUGCGGGGUGGUGGCUGAGGAGGAGGAGGAGGUGGCUUUGGGCUAUGAAGUCAUUUGUGCAUGUUGGAGCGUUGGAUCUUGUGCCACUUCACCAUGGGCUGGGCAGAAAGCAGAAUCCCCCCUGGAGACUUGUGCACACACCCUGGAGUGGGUGCCAUGCAUGGGUGCCACCGAUGGGGCUGGGGGGUACCCUGGGAGCCCCUGCCCCUGGAAAUGCUCCUUUUUUCAAUGUGAUGUUUCUCUGUGGUUUCAUUUGUGUGUUUUUUAAAGCUUGUCU